AUGUCGACGGGCGACCUCUCCGGUUCCUCUCAGAGGCAGAAACUUGAAGACGCCCCUUAUUUGGAGGUUCGUAUCUCACCCAAUCAUGAUUCGAGUCGGGUUCUUGAUUAUGCUAACAUUAAAACUCUUCUUUAUCCUGUUAUUGAAGUCCUUCGAUCAACUGUCUUGUUCACUCAUACAAGCAAGCCAUUGGAAGAGAAGUUGAUGCCUGUUUCCGCUUUCUCAAUUGUUGAGGAGAGAGGAGCUCGUCUAGAGGCUGCUCAAGCUGAAAUUGCAUGA